CAGGUCCUCCAAAGAAGAAGAAGAACUUUAACGCGACGUAAAAGUGAAAGAAGAAGAACAGCGUCGUGUGUUAGCUAUAAUGACAAGUUGCUAACAGUUACUGAUAGCCGACAAGCAUAAAUGUGAAGAGAGAAAAAAAGCUGCGGGAAAAGUCCGACAGCGCUGCGGAAGGUCAUGCAGCAACCCGGGAGGGAAUGAGCCGUAAAGCCCCGGGGGUUCGGCUCAGCGGCGCCCACAAACUGCGGCCUCACUGGAACUACUGGCAGCCCAGAGGUAACGGCGUGUCAUCCCUUCAGGACGAAGUGAAGCCCAGAGAGCUUGGACCGCUGUAUGACGUACUGCCCUCCAGGCGCCCUGAGCAGACGGCGGCGCUCAGUGAUGCCUACGCUGCUGCAGAAGCACAUCAGGAGGAGGCUGGAUAUGAAGUUGAACAAAGUGUCUGUGAUACAACAUUUGGUUGGAAGUCGCUGGGGGAAGAGUUGAGACCCAAUGACGUGACAACGGAUCCCACUACUUUUCAGCAUGGAAAUUGUGCUUUAGCUUCAAAGGAAAUGAGGAAAUCGCAGGACAGAGGGAUGACUCACUCUGAGGAGUCUCGACUGGCCAACCUCCUGCGCAGGGUCUCCAGGGAGGACGAUCGUGACCGGAGGCUGGUCACCCUAAAACAGCUGAAGGAGUUUAUCAGCCAUGGAGAGAGCAAAGUGACCAUGGUCAAACAGCUGGACAACAUCCUCAGCACCCUGAACGACAUCAUGAACGAGAGCAGUAAGCUGCUGUGGGAGUUGCGUCAGGAAGCUGCAGCCUGCGUAGGUCUCCUCUGCACCGUGCUCAGCUAUGAGGCGGAGCGCAUCUUCAAGUGGCUUUUCCUCAAGUUUAACUCCAGCAGUCGGGAUGAGGUGAAGCUGCUGUACCUGGUGGCGGCGCAGCGGACUCUGGAGGCUGCCGGGGAGAGGAAGGCCUUCUCUCAUAUCAUGCAGCUGGUGAUGAACAACCUGCAGUCCAUCCUGGAGAACGUGGACACCCCAGAGCUGCUGUGUCAGAGCGUCAGGUGCAUCCUCCAGGUAGCCCGCUGCUACCCACACGUCUUCAGCACCAACUUCAGGGACACGGUGGACAUCUUGGUGGGCUGGCACAUUGACCACACCCAGAGACAGUCUCUCACCCAGCAGGUCUCAGGUUGGUUACAGAGCCUGGAGCAGUUCUGGGUGGCAGACCUGACCUUCUCCACCACCCUCCUGGGCCAGUUCCUGGAGGACAUGGAGGCCUACGCUGAGGAUCUGAAUCACGUGACGUCAGGCGACGUCCCGGAUGACGACAUCCCUCCGCCGUCAGUAUCCCUGCCCAAGCUGGCGGCUCUGCUGAGGGUUUUCAGCACCGUGGUGCGCAGCAUCGGCGAGCGCUUCAGCCCAGUGAGGGGACCGCCCAUCACCGAAGCCUACGUCACAGACGUUCUGAACCGGGUCCUGGCCUGCGUGACGGCAGCCAAGCAGGUCCAGUUCUCAGAGGCCGUCCUCACGGCAGGGAACGAGUGUGUGGGGGUGCUGCUGGCCAGCGUGGAGCCCACGGGUUCGCUCAUGGAGGCCAUCUUGGUUUACGGCCUGGACCAGCUGGACUGCUGCGUGGCCUGUGGUUCCGAUUACAGCCUGGCUGUGCUCAGCCUGCUCACUCUGAUUGUGGAUCAGGUGAACACCAAGCUUCCCGUCUCGUUUGUGGAGAAGCUCCUGGUUCCAGGCUCUCAGCUUCUGAAUCUACGUUUCCAUCCAGAGAAGGAGGUGAUGGCCGCUGUCCAUGGCGUUUACCAGGCGCUGCUGAGCCUCAAGAACAUCCCCACGCUGGAGGCGGCGUACAAACUGGUGCUGGGGGAGAUGGCCUGCGCUCUGCGCAGCCUGAUGGAGAGCCUGGUUCCGUCGGACCGGGACGCCGGCCCCUGCAGCCCGUGCUCCACCAUCCAGCACCCCGCCUUCGCCUCCCUCAGCCUGCCUGUGGAGAAGGCUCAGUUCACCGUCAUCUUCAACCUCAGCACCCUCACCACCAUCGGGAACACCAAGAACUCUCUGAUAGGGAUGUGGGCGUUGUCUCCAACAGUCUUCACUCUGCUGAGCCAGAACCUGCUUCUGGUCCACUCUGAGCUGGCUGUGUUCUACCCCGCCAUCCAGUACGCUGUGCUCUACUCGCUGUAUUCACACUGCACCAGACACGAUCAUUUCAUCUCCUCCAGCUUGUCGUCGUCAUCGCCGUCUCUGUUUGACGGGGCCGUCAUCAGCACGGUGACCACGGCCACCAAGAAGCACUUCGCCACGGUUCUCGGCCUGCUGGGUAAUCUGCUUUCCAAGGAGCACCUUUAUCCCGAUGCCAGGAAGCUCCUGCUGACCUGGGCUCAGGAAAUCUCACUGCUGAUGGUGAAGUCGGACACCUACAGCCCGCUCUUCUCCCUGCCGUCGUUCAGCAGGUUCUGCAGAGGUCUGCUCGAUAACGCUCUGCAUGAAGAUCACAGCAUCUGCCUUCAGACGUGCCACAGCCUGCAGGUCCUCUCCCCCUCUCUGUCUACGGAGCUGCUGCAGAGGUGCGUGGACGUCUGCAGGGUCCAGCUGGUUCACUCAGCGGUCAGAGUGAGGCAGGCCUUCGCCAAGCUGCUGCGGACGGUUCCUCUGGACGUGGCUCUCAGUAACCGCAGCCACGCCCAGGUCAGGGAGAUCUCUCAGGCCAUCCGCCACCACAUGAGCCGCUCGCCCAGCAGCACCUUCCACCCCCAGGACUUCAGCGACCUCAUCAGCUUCAUCCUGUAUGGAGUCCUGCAUCGUGGAGGGAAGGAGCCGUGGCUGGAGCGUCUGUACCACAGCUGCCAGCGGCUGGACAAGCGGGAGCGGCGUGGGAGCGCGGACGGCGGCCGGCCGGACGCCGUGCCCAGGGCGCUGCUGAAAACCGAGGCGGUUCUGUGGCAGUGGGCGGUCUGGGAGGCGGCGCAGUUCACCGUGCUGUCCAAGCUCCGCACGCCUCUGGGUCGGGCCCAGGACACCUUCCAGACCAUCGAAGGGAUGAUCCGAAGCCUGGCUGCACACAGCCUGAACCCCGAACAGGACCUGGGAGCGUGGGCCGGUCCUGGAGGCGACGGCGACGGCCACCACUCCAACCAGCUCCGCCUCACCCUGCUGCUGCAGUACCUGGAGAACCUGGAGAAGUUGAUGUACAACGCCUACGAAGGCUGCGCCAACGCGCUCACCGCGCCGCCAAAGGCCAUAAAGACCUUCUUCUACACCAACCGGCAGACCUGCCAGGACUGGCUGACCCGGAUCCGCCUGGCCUUGAUGAGGGUCGGGCUUCUGUCGGGCCAGCCCGCCGUGACGGUUCGCCACGGCUUCGACCUGCUCACAGAGUUCAAGAACGGCGGCGCUCAGGCUGCGGAGCUGGAGGUUCCCCUGGCGCUGCUGGUUGAGGCUCUGUGCGAGCUGCGCUGUCCAGAGGCCAUCCAGGGCCUGGCCGCCUGGAGCCUCCUGACCUGUGGGAAGAGUCUGGGCUGGGUCUCCUCGGUGGCCCUGCAGGCGGAGGGACGCUUUGAGAAAGCGGCGCUGGAGUAUCAGGACCAGCUCUCUGCUGUGACCGGGUCGGACUGCAGCAUCAGAAGCUCUGAAGGAGGCCUGCUGAAGCUCAGCAGCAGCCCCAAACACGCCGCCGAUGGUGACGUCAGGAAGACUGUGCUGCUGAAGUCGACUGAAUGCUCCCCUGAGGUGAUUAACUUCCUGGCCAACAAGGCGUGCCAGUGCUACGUGUCUCUGUGUGACUGGGCGGCGGUGAAGGAGUGGCAGGCCACCGCCAGCACCCUCAAACAGAACUCCGUCAGCGUCGGCCUGCGGACCGACUUCAACUACAUCCAGGCUCUGAGCCGCUUUGAGGAGGGAGACCUGUCCGAGUGCGGGGCUCAGCUGGAGCUGCUGCCUGGGGAGGACUACAGCGCUCCGGGGGGCAACAAAGACAAGCUGGAUCUGAAGCGGCUCCUGCCCUCCAUGAGUCCUGAUCCGGCGGAGCUGCAGAGAGCCAUCGAGGUGCAGCUGCUCCGCAGCGCCGUAAGCGCCAUGGCUAAAAGCGGCCAGCAGCAGGAGCAGAGGAGCGCUACAUCCAGCCCAGAUACUUUGGUGCGAUGCUUGAAGCAGACAGGAAGGAUCUGCUUGGGUCCUCUUCGCCUGUCCACCCUCACCCUCUGUGACGCCCUGCCCACCCUGUCCACCCUGCAGCUGCACUGCACCAGCGCCCUGGAGAACGCCCUCACAGGCCAAGAAGAUUGUCUGAUUCCUCUCAGCAGCGAAGCCUUGAACUCCUGCAAACAGCAAGACGUGCAGCUUUUCCUCCAAGCUCUGCGCUACUCCACAUUCCAGAGACAGCUGCUCCAAAACCUGAAGAAAGGUCCCUCCUCCGCCGUAGACGGCCAUCUUCUGGAGCUCUGUCUAACCGCCGUCAAGUUUGCCCGUAAGAAAGGCAACAUAGCUCUAGCAUCUCGGCUCCUCAGCCAGUGCAGCAACGGGACGCAGGAGGAGAAGAACGAGGAUGUGUGUCAGGCCUUCAAGCGCCUCUCCCUGGGGGGGACAGUGGGGGAGAAAUGGGGAGCAGAGGUUCAGAUGGAGAAGGCCAAAGUUCUGCGAACGGCUGGCCAGUCGGUGGUUGCCAUGGAGAUGCUGAGCAGUGCGGCCCUGUCCUACUGCCAGCUGGGGAAGAACGAAGGAGCGGCCUGCCGCUCUCUGCUGACUCUCUGCAAAUGGCUGCUGGCCGACUGGAAGGACAUGACUCCUCAGCUGAAACAGGUGGUGAAGAAGUCCGGAGCUGUAAACUCUUCCGCUGCGGUCAACAUGUCCCCUCUGAGCCAGAACAUCAGCCAGCUGCUGGAGCUUCCUCUGGAAGACCAGAGCGUCCCCCACAUCACCGUGGUCACCUCCGUCAACGUAGGAGUGGGGGAGGCAGACUUCGUGCUGGGCCAGCUCUACCAGCUGUCCACCAGCCUGGCUCCAGAGAUGGCCAAGUCCUGGGCAGCUCUGGCCAGCUGGGCCUACCGCUGGGGCAGGAAGGUGGUGGAUAACGCCAGUCAGGGGGAGGGUCUGCCGCUGCUUCCAGAGGAAAAGAAGGACAUAGAGGAUCUGCUGCCAGCGAGCACCAGUGAAGAAGACAAAGAAACCAUUUUCAGCAUCCUGGGACAGGCCAUGUGUCGACCCACUGGGAUUCAGGACGAGGACAUGGCUCUGCAGCAGGAGGAUGAUGAGGACGACAUGGUGGACGUGAUCUGGCGGCAGCUCACCGCCUCGUGCCCCUGGCUCGGAGAUGCAGGCCAGCACGUCACAGACGGACUGAUUGGGGUCUGGAGGAGGGUGGUGGACCGGAUCUUCGGGCUGUACCGUGUCUCCUGCCACGCCUAUUUCACCUUCCUCAAGCUGAAUGCAGGACAGGUUCAUGUUGACGAGAACGACCCAAAGCUGCUGCUGUCCUGCCAGGGCGGCAAACAGAGCAACGAUGAUGUCAUCGUGAUGGCGACGCUGCGUCUCCUCCGGCUGCUGGUAAAGCACGCUGGAGAGCUGAGGGAGGGGCUGGAGCUGGGCUUGGCCUCCACCCCCACCGCUCCCUGGAGGCGCAUCAUCCCUCAGCUGUUCUCGCGUCUCAACCAUCCAGAGGCCUACAUCAGACAGAGCAUCUGCAGCCUGCUGUGCCGGGUGGCCCAGGACUCCCCCCACCUAAUCCUCUACCCGGCCAUUGUGGGGUCCCUGUCCUUAGGAGGGGAGGCUCAGAGCGCAGGGACCAAGAUGCCGCCGUCCCUGCCGGCCUUCCUCGGGAGCAUGCAGGGGGAGGAGGAUGACGAGGAGGAGGAGGAGGAGGAGCUGCAAAACGCAGAAGUGGGAGGAGCUGCAGAAGAGAUGGCGACCUGUUCCAGCCAGGACCAGGCCAUGAUGCAGGACUGUUACAGCAAGAUAGUGGAGAAGCUCUCCCUUGCCAACCCGACCAUGGUGCUGCAGGUUCAGCAGCUGGUGGGCGAGCUGCGCCGCGUGACUCUGCUGUGGGAUGAGCUGUGGCUCGGCGUGCUGCAGCAGCAGCACAUGCUGGUCCUGAGGAGGAUCCAGCAGCUGGAGGACGAGGUCAAGAGGGUGCAGAACAACAACACGCUUCGCAGGGACGAGAAGGUCGCCAUCAUGCGUGAAAAGCACUCUGCCCUGAUGCGGCCUGUGGUCUUUGCUCUGGACCACGUCUGCAGCAUCACCACGGCUCCGGCAGAGACGCCACACGAGACCUGGUUCCAACAGACCUACGGCGACGCCAUCAAGUCGGCUCUGGAGCGCCUGAAGAACCCGGCCAAUCCUGCCAACCCCGCCAGCAGCUGGCUGCCUUUCAAGCAGAUCAUGAUGAGUCUGCAGCAACGCGCUCAGAAGCGAGCCAGCUACCUGCUACAUCUGGAUGAAAUCAGUCCUCGACUGGUCUCCAUGACGACCACGGAGAUGGCCCUGCCCGGUGAGGCAUCUGCCUCGGACGCCGUCACCAUCCAGAGUGUUGGAAACACCGUCACCAUCCUGCCCACCAAGACCAAACCCAAGAAGCUCUACUUCCUGGGCUCAGACGGCCACAGCUACCCGUACCUCUUCAAAGGUCUGGAGGAUCUGCAUCUGGAUGAGCGCAUCAUGCAGUUCCUGUCCAUCGUCAACACCAUGUUCACCAAGAUCAACCAGCAGGAGCAGCCGCGUUUCCACGCUCGCCACUACUCCGUCACCCCCCUGGGAACCCGAUCCGGACUGAUCCAGUGGGUGGACGGCGCCACUCCGCUCUUUGGACUUUACAAGCGCUGGCAGCAGAGGGAGGCGGUGCUGCAGGCUCAGAAGGCCCAGGACUCGUUCCCGCAGCCGCAGCCUGUCCCCCCGGUGCCGCGGCCCAGCGAGCUCUACUACAGCCGCAUCGGGCCGGCUCUGAAGGCCGUGGGCCUGAGUCUGGAGGUCAGCCGUCGGGACUGGCCCCUCAGUGUGAUGAAGGAGGUGCUGAAGGAGCUGAUGGAAGCCACGCCCUCCAACCUGCUGGCUAAGGAGCUCUGGUGUUCCUGCACCACACCCAGCGAGUGGUGGCGAGUCACCCAGUCGUAUGCCAGAUCUACGGCCGUCAUGUCCAUGGUGGGCUACAUCAUCGGCCUGGGCGACCGUCACCUGGACAACGUGCUGAUCGACAUGACCACCGGGGAGGUGGUCCACAUCGACUACAACGUGUGCUUCGAAAAAGGGAAGAGCCUGCGGGUGCCGGAGAAGGUUCCCUUCAGGAUGACCCACAACAUAGAGAGCGCCCUGGGAGCCACGGGGGUGGAGGGGAUCUUCAGGCUGUCCUGUGAACAGGUGGUCCAGAUCAUGCGUCGGGGCAGAGAGACCCUCCUCACCCUGUUGGAGGCCUUCGUCUAUGAUCCUCUGGUGGACUGGACCGCCGGCGGGGAGGUGGGCUUCGCCGGCGCCGUGUAUGGAGGCGGCGGCCAGCAGGCCGACAACAAGAAGAGCAAGAGGGAGAUGGAGAGGGACAUCACUCGCUCGCUGUUUUCCUCCAGGGUCGCUGAGAUCAAGGUGAACUGGUUCAAGAACCGAGACGAGAUGCUGGCGGUCCUUCCGCAGGUGGAGGAGGCCGUGGACGAGUACCUGCUCCUCCAGGACCUGCUGUGCCAGGGAGAGAAGCUCCAGGCCAAGCUGCAGGAGGAGAUGGACUUCCUGGAGGGAGCAGAGAACCGUCCAGACCACAUGAUCCUGACCCUGGAGCAAAGGUACUCUGAACACACUCAGCUGCAGUCACAGCAGAGGACCGUGCAGGAGGCCAUCCAGGCCAAGCUGGCUGACCUGGAGCAGUGGAUCUCCCAGUACCACGCAGCCUUUUCCAGCCUGGAGGCCACACAGCUGGCCAGCCUGCUGCAGGACAUCAGCAGCCCCAUAGACCUGGGUCCUCCCAGCUAUGUUCCAGCUACUGCCUUCCUGCAGAACGCAGGCCAGGCCCACCUCAUCAGCCAGUGCGAGAGCCUGGAGGCGGAGCUGAGCUCCCUGCUGCAGCAGCGCCGCGCCGCCCUGAGGAGCUGCCUGGAACAGCUGCACAGCUACGCCACCGUGGCUCUGCUGUACCCACGCACCACGCUGCUGUUCCACAGAGUCCACCAGUGGAAGGCCUGGUUGGAGGAGCUCCUGAGAGACAUGACCGCCGAGCGCUGCCAGCACAUCUACAGGCAGUACGAAGUGCUGUUUGCCCCUCAGCCUCCUGCAGCGUCCUGCCAGUUCCUGUCCAGCAUGGAGUUAGCGCUGCAGCGCCAAGUGGCAGAGGCCAACGAGCGCACGCUGCUCCAGGCGGAGCGGCUGAAGGCUGAGGGCGCCACGGUUGCAGCCUGCGAGGACCAGCUGCAGGAGAUAGAAAACUGCAUCGCAGUCUUCCUGCGGGAGAACGCAGAGCCGGGAUCGCUGAGCCUGGCGGCCGUCAUCACCUCCGCCCUGUGCACUCUCUGCAGGCGUAACCUGGUGAUGGAGGGUGCCGCAGCCAGCGCCGGGGAUCAGCUGGUGGACCUGACGUCUCGGGACGGGGCUUGGUUCUUGGAGGAGUUAUGCAGCAUGCUGGGGAACGUCUGCGGCCUGAUGACGCUCCUGCAGCGCUGCCCGCUGCUGCCUCACGACCUGGAGCUGCCGGCGCCGGCUCUCACCACCCAGGCCGUGUACCUGGCCAACGCCGUCUACACCUGCCUGCAGGAGCUGAACACCAACUUCAGGCAGAUCAUUUUCCCCGAGGCUCUGCGGUGCAUGAUGAAAGGAGAGCCCACCCUGGAGACCAUGCUGGUGGAGCUGGAGCAGCUGGUGGAGCAGAGCUCGGACGGGCUCAGCCUGCAGGGCCUGGCCGACAGCCUGCAGGCCACCACCGGCUUGGACCACGAAGGCCACAGCCACCUGCUACACAUCACCAGGAUGCUGCGGGCCCAGUACUCGGAGCUGAUCCAGCCUCACAGCAUGGACGGCCAGGAGACGCCCAAGAUGUCCGCCGGUCAGAUGCUGCUGGUUGCCUUCGAUGGCAUGUUCACCCAGCUGGAGGCUGCCUUCGGACAGCUAACCGAGAAGCUGAGCUCUCUGGAGGUGCCGCCGUCCUGGAGGAAGGUGGAUGUUCUGAGGGAGGCCAGGGCAGCACAGCUCCACUUCUUUGACAGCCCGACUCAGCGGCAGCUCAUGGAUGAGGUGUUUUUCCUGAAGAGGCUGCAGACCAUCAGAGACUUCUUCCUCCUCUGCUCAUCGUUUGCUCAAACUCUGUCCGGUACCUGCCCUCCAGCUGAAGACCUGAUCUCUACCAAUGGACCCGUAGGUUUGGGGAAGCCUCUGUACCGGCGGCCCAGCAGCACGGGGUCAGGCGUGGUCAGCGAGGAGCAGAUGACUCGGCCUAUCAAGGCCUUCACGGCGGAGUUUGUCCGCCAGAUGCUGAUGGGUCUGCCCAGCCAGGCCAUCGGUCUGGCCCUCUGCAGCACCCUGUCAGCUCUGGCUCUGGAUGUCGUAGCUCAGGUGGAGGCCAAGGACUUUGGGGCAGAAAUCAAGGUUUCUCUGGAGGAGCUUUGCAAGAAGGCGGUGGAGCAGACUCUGGCCUCCGGCCGAGUCUCCCAGCUGCUGCUGAACAGAUGCACGGUCCUGGCCUCCUCCUAUGACACGGCCUGGAAGAAGGUGGACCUGCUGAGGAGGCUGGAAAUCAAUCUGGAUGCUGCCAAGGCCAGCCUGCAGAGGAGCCAGCUGCAUAGCGCCAUGUUCCAGUGGCAGCAUGAGGAUGUUCUCGGGCCCAAUAAUCAGCCACUAGGUGUCAGCGUGGCGCCCCGCCCCGUGAUCCUCAGCAACAUGAAGAAGAAGCUCUACAAGCUGAGCCAGGAUGAAGGCGCCAUCGUAGCCAUUCAGGAGAAACUGGCUUCUCUAGAGGGCAGCAUUGAGCAGCGCCUGAAAUGGGCCGGUGGAGCAAACCCAGCAUUGGCUCCGGUUCUGCAGGACUUUGAAUUGACCAUCAGAGACAGACGAGCCAUGGUGGCCAGAGACAACCAGCGUACCAGCCAGGUCACCUUCCUGUGCUCCACCAUCCUGAACUUUGAGGGCCUGCGGACGCGUUCGCCUGAGGCGCUCAGCAUGGACACGGCGCUGUUUGAGCUGCUGAAGCGCUGCCAGCAGACCUGCUCCUACGCCUCCCAGUUCAGCAGCACAGUUUCUCCUCUGGAGCUGCAGCUUCUCCACAGACUGGGUCCGACGGUGGACCUGCCCAUCGGAACCCCCGAUUGGCUGAGCUGUGCCCAGAGGCAGCUGGAGGAGGAGCUGAGUGUGGAGCGGAGGAAGCAGGAGGAGCGGGAGCAGCAGCUGGAGGCCUGCGGAGAGACGCUGCAGCUGCUGAUCGACUCCAUCAAGACCAUCCUCUCCAACCACAACCGCCAGCUGGCCGACGUCAAGCACCUGCUGAAAGCCAUGGCCAAGGAUGAGGAAGCGGCGCUGGCAGACGGAGAGGAGGUGGCGUACGAAGGCAGCGUCCGCCACUACCUGCUGGAGUACAAAGCCUGGCAGGACAACGUCCAGCUGGUGUUGUUCACGGUGGUCCAGGCCAGUGGGCAGCACCGCAGCCAGGAGCAGCUGGACCUGCUGGAGGAGAUCCCCGCUACCCUGAAGGAGCUGCACGCCCAGAGCCAGAGCGUUUAUAACGGCCUGGUGGGCUUCGCCUCCCCGCUGGUGACAGACCGAGAGGCCGAGUGCUCCAGCCCCGUGUCUUCAGCUCAGACCAGCUUCGCUGCAGCCGUCCGAUGCAGUGCAGCCAAGACGCAGCAGGACUCGAUGUCCCAGAAUGCACGCAGAGUGCUGCCUCGUAACCUGGGAACCCCCACGGACACCCCGCCCAGCAACCUGCUGAUGAGCAGCAAAGGCCUCAACCCGAGUCCAAAGAGGGCCGUACGGGACCCCAAAACAGGCCGAGCUGUGCAGGAGAGGAACUCGUAUGCGGUGAGCGUGUGGAAGAGAGUGAAAGCCAAGCUGGAGGGCAGAGACAUCGAUCCCAGCAGGAGGAUGAGCGUCACUGAGCAGGUGGACUUCGUCAUCAGAGAGGCUACCAACAUGGACAACCUGGCCCAGCUGUACGAGGGCUGGACGGCCUGGGUGUGAGCACCAUGCUACUUCCUGUCUAUGGUCCAGCCAAGGCUUGGAGAUCCACCAGAGUCCUCAGGGACUGGGGAGUCGGAACAGCAGCACCGGGCCACCCGAGGGGGAGGAAAAUGGGAGGCGGAGCCUUCGCCGCCCUCCUUUGCACCCGGGCAUCCAAACCGGGGCAGCGGCCUCGCGGCAUCGCUGCACCACAUUCCCCUGCAACCACCGGCGUUCAGGCUAACGCAACGCUUAGUGAGCCUGCUGACCCCCCCGCCUUUCAGGGGCGAGGGCGGGCAAAACACCGCCGCCAGGGGGGAGGGGGUGAGGAGGGGAAAGGCCUCCUAACCCUCCUCUUGGAAACACCUUCCCUCCACCUGCAGAGCUCACUCUACCAUGUUUCCCAUAAACGCUUCCAGCGGAGGUUUCUCUGAGGGUGGGGGUGCAGCAGCAGGGGGGCACCUGACCGGGGUCAGCCUCACACGGACGGGGGCAUCUCUUCUUUCUCUGCUCUUCUUCCUCAGAGACACGGGGCCCCUUAGGGGGCCUGUGGGGGUGGGGCCCUCCCCCCCACGGCUGAGGGGAGAACCACUAAUCAAACUGUUGCGGGGCGGCGUGGCGCCCCGGGUCAGACGGAGUCCUUUUCUCCACUCAGCAUCGUUUUGUGGAUUAAACUCAAACAUCUUUGGUGUCGACUGUUUGUUUUUUUUGGUGAUCUGCUGAUGGAAGCAGGUAGAGACUUCUUCUUCGUUGGUUAUUUUCCUUCGGUCUGUGCUGCGCUCUCUAACUUCCUGUAGGAAUCUACUUCCCUCUUUUUUGAAUCUUUCCUGUUUUACCUUUUUAUUCGGAAACAUUUGGUUUGUGGUGACGGUGAAAAGUGUCUAUUCUUAAACCUUUUAUUGAAUUCUGUUGAAUGCCAAAUAAACGUAGAAGUGAA